AGCCAUUCUGGCUCAAGGCUCAGGUCAAGCUCCAGCCCAACCUCAGGCAUCGCCGUCUCGCUUACGAGUCGUGAUGCGGCGGCCGUUGCUCGCAGACGCCGCGUCGCCUCCCCCCAGCCGUUAUGGCAUUCCUGGCGUCAAUCUUGUGUACGGUUUGCUAGCGCUUGUGACGAAGACGAACGAACUUGCGUUUCAGUCUUCACCUCUACGCCGGCGCGCAUGGCUCCGCAAUAUCGUUUCAGUUCUUUCUGUCUUGCAAUAUGGGAUUAUUCAUUUAGUUUUCAAGCUUCAAUGUGUGACAGUGUUUACGUCCUGAUUUGCAUAGCGACGAAGUUGUUGGUUCCCCCGCAGUCGAGGUGGAUAGAUGCCGUAAUUGUGGCGACAGGAGUAACAGUGUCUUUGGUUCGGUCGGAGUUUAAUCGCGACACACAACCAGAAAUCAAAGGAUUGGGAUUGAUGCAGAUUUUGCCGAUCAUCUGGUGGAUAAAUUUGCACUGAUAAAAAAUAAAAUAAAACAUCAAUAAGGUUGGUACCGGGAGGGGCCGUAACCGCACGGCGCUUAGCAGAGCAGAGGCGCCGUGGAGAAUUUGACGAGGCGAGCGCAUUGAUCCUAGAUUUGCAACUUGUGGCUUUGCGUGUAUCGUCGCAGUUUUGGAGCCAGGGGCGUAGGUAUUGCGACGUGUUGGCCAAUUGUGAUAAGUUUUGUCCUUGGUAUUGAUCCUCUUAACCAUAUCGUGAGCGUUUUGCCUUUACUGCGGCUGAUUUCUCCGCCGUUGCCAAAUAUUGAAAGCCACCGUGAGUGGACCGCGCGCGUGUGGACUAUGGUGGCGCGCCGCGUACCGUGGGUGCCUCCAAUGGCCAACUACUAGCGCUAUCAGGGCCAUCAAUCAAGCGGCCCGCGGCAAGCCCUGCCGCUGUGCCAGCCCAACAUGGUCGAGACGAAGCUGGCGCCCGAUACCAUCAUCUACAGCGCUGGCCUCUGCGCAUGCGAGAAAGGUCAGAAGUGGCAGCAGGCCCUGUCGCUGCUCAGCGGCAUGGUCGAGACGAGGCUAGAGCCCACUGCCAUCAGCUACAACGCUGGGAGGAACGUCGGCGAGAAAGGUCAGCUGUGGCAGCGUGGCAGCGGGCCAUGUCGCUGCUCAGGCGCAUGGUCGAAACGAAACCUGUGCCGGACACCAUCGUCUACAAUGCUGGGAUGAGUAGCAGCGGGCCCUGAUGCUGCUCAGCGUCGUGGUCGAGACGAAGCUGGAGCCCGAUACCAUCAUCUACAACGCUGGGAUCAGCGCGUGCGAGAAAGGUCGGAAUUUGCAGCAGGCCCUGUCGCUGCUCGACAAGAUGGGCGAGACAAAGCUGGAGUCCAGUGCUUGGAUGAGCGCUUGCGAGAAAGGUCAGCAGUGGCAGCGGGCCCUGUCGCUGCUUAGCGUCAUGGUCGAGACGAAGCUGGAGCCCACUGCCAUCAGUUACAACGCUUGGAUCAGCGCAUAUGACAAAGGUCAGCAGUGGCAGCGGGCCAUGUUGCUGCUCAGCUGGAUAGUCGAGACGAAACUUGAUGUCCAUACCAUCGUCUACCAUGUUUGGAUCCGUGCUUGCAGAGAGGUCAGCAGUAGCAGCAUGCCCUGUCGCUGCUCAGCGAGAUGAUCGAGACGAAUAUGGAGCCCGUUGUCAUCAGCUAUCGUUCUGGGAUGAACGCUUGCGAGAAAGGUCAGCAGUGGCAGGAAUUGGAGGUUGACCUUUCGCUUCCAGACAAAACCAACAACAAAAAAGAGGCAGCCAAAAAGGACCCAACAGGCGCCGUAGCCAUGUUCCUGGAAAGGGCGUGGGCCCAGGGUUUUCUUUUGGUUGAUUGACGCCCCAGCCUCGACUUGCGUAGGGCCGACGACUUUAUUCUGCGAUGAAGAACGAGUUUGCGCAGGGGCGGCG